AUGGAACGGCUGCAGGUCGUAGACCCUGAGGGUCUCCUUUCUUCUUCUCUGUCUCUGGGCCCCCUUCGUUCUGGAGGCAGCAACGGGCAUUCAGCAGCAGCAGCAGCAGCAGCAGCAGCAGCUGCUGCUGCUGCUGCUGGCAGUGGUGGUGUGGGGCCCCUCGCUGUGCAGCAAAAACCUUUGGGGGCCCCCGCUUGCUUUGUGCUGCCAGAGGGCUGGGGGUGUUUUAGGGCUCCGCUGUCUCGGCGUGUAAACAGCAACAAAGAGACUCCUGACAAGCUGCAGCAGCAGCAGCAGCAACGACGGCAGCAGCAGCAGCAUGCACAGAUGCAGCGGCUGCAGCAGCAAUUCGCUCUGCUAGUAACAAAGAAAACGAAAGGGGCCCUUCAGGGGAGGCAGCAGCAAAUUGCGUCUCAGCCUAAGCUGCAGGAGAGGCAGCUGCAGCAGCAGAUGCUGCUGCAGCAGCAGCUCCGAAUGCAACAGCACAUGCAGCAGCAGCACAUGCAGCAACAGCACAUGCAGCAGCAGCAGCAGCAGAUUCAGCUGCAGGCAGCAAAAGCUAAACAGCUAAAGGAGCAGUUCCUUCAUCAGCAGCAGCACUUGCUUCGGAGACAGCAGCAGCAACAGCAGCAACAACAACAACGGAUAUUGCAGAGGCUGCAGCAGCAGCAGCCGCUGCCCCUGCAACCGCAGCGACAGCAGCAGCAGCAGCAGCAGCAGCCCCAGCACUACGCCCACUUGCAUGCGAUUCGCAUGCAGCAAGCCCCCCAGCGACAGCCAGUGCAGCUACAGCAGCAGCAACAACAACAACAGAAGCCGCUGCUGCAGCAGCAGCAACAGCUGCAGCAGCAACAACAGCUGCAGCAGCAACCACUGCCCCUGCGGCGGAGCCCGCUGCAACCUGCUCUCUAUCAGAGCAGCCUGACUUCUGCUGCAGCAGCAGCUGCUGCUGUUGCUGCAGCAGCAGCAAAGGAAGGGACAGGAAGCCAGUGCAACCCCCACAUAAACAAAGCCGAGGAAGGAGAGCAGCAGCAUCAGCAGCAGCAGCAACAACAGCAGCGGCAGCAGCAGCGGCAGCAGCAGGAGAUAGCCGCCGAAAUGAAGACUUCAGUGGCAGUCAAGCUGGAGGACUGGCAGCAGCAGCAGCAGCAGCAGCAGCAGCAGCAGCAGGCGGGAGCUGCAAAGCAACUCUCCCCGUCUCCAAGCAGCCGCAUUCGCGCCAAAAGCAACAGCAGCAACAGCAGCAGCAACAGCAGCAACAGCAGCAACAGCAGCAGCAACAGCAGGAGCAACAGCUGCAGGGGCGGAGCAAUUUGCUGCGGGAGCAGCACUCUCCCUAGCAGCAAGACUCCGCAGCCUUCUGAGAGCAGCAGCAGCACGAGCAGCAGCUGUAGCAGCAGCAGCACGAGCAGCAGCAGCAUAGUGGAAGGCCUGACCAGCAGCAGCAGCAGCAGCAUAAUGGAAAGCCUGACUAGCAGCAGCAGCAUCAGCAGCAGCAGCAGCAUCAUGAAGAGCAGCAGCAGCACGAGCAGCAGCAGCAGCAUCAGCCCGAUUAGCAGCCCGAUAAGCAGCCCGAUAAGCAGCCCGUUCAGCAGCAGCAGCAGCAGCAGCAGCAGCAGCAGCAGGAGCGCAUCUACUCGUGAAAGGACUUUGAUAAUAAUAGAUUAUGAUGAUACGCUGCUGCCAACGAACUGGGUUGCUGUGCAGCACAAGAUUUCUUUGAAGGACAGCAUCCCGCUGUGGAUGCAGCAGCAGCUGCAGCAGCUAGGAGAGCAAAUAGCUGCAACUCUAGCUCUAUGUGCAGCAGCAGGAAGGGUUUGUUUAAUAACAAAUGCGAGCAAAGAAUGGGUUCUAAGAUCAGCAGCAAAGUAUAUGCCGCUGCUGCAGCAACACCUGCAGCAGCACCACAUUACACUCGUAUCUGCUAGAGACAAACUGCAGCAGCAAGGGCUGCCUCAACGCCUCUGGAAGCAUUAUAUCUUUGCCGAGGUUGUGCAGCAGAUGCUAGACCCUCUCAAGCUGCAGCACAGAGAUGAAGAUGCAGGGGGGCCCCCAGUAGGGGGGGCCCCCAA